AGUACAGGUACAAGCUCAGGCUCUGGUGGUGGUGGUGGUGGUGGUCGGGGAACCAUCGCUUCUGCAUCCUCUGCCGAGCCACCUGCUCCGCUCGCAACUGCUUCGUUCACGUCAUCACCUUUGGGAAAGAUAUUCAAGAAGCAGUUGUCGCCAGCGAAAGCGGCUAUAAUGUCGAAAAAACGACGAAUGAGCCAAGAAGUCCCAGAACGAGUUGUAGAAAGCUCCUUACAUAAGCAAAAAGAUGAUGAAGACGAAGAGGACGCGGGAACAGCUUCUGCUUCUUGGUUAGCAUGGCCGUCCGUAUCAAUAACUUCUCCUCGCGAACGAUCCGCUUCCUUAUUCGGAGAUGACGAAGAUGGACACGCUGGGCACGCAAGUAAAAAUGGUAAAGGAAACAAGAAGAUAGGAAAGGAACAAGAAGGAAAGGAACAAGAAGAUAUGUGUGAAGCUGAAGAAGGAAAGGAACAAGAAGAUGACAGGGAAAAUUGUUGCGACCAGAAGGCAAGAAGAACUGAGCAGCAACAAGAUGAAAGUGAUGAAUUGGAAAGCGUCGUACAAGUGUCGGACGAAGAUGAGAACGGAGGUGAAGAUGGCGAGGACGAGAAGGACAUCAAAAAUUGUGUCACGACAAGAACAGCUGCUCCAGUUUCAGCCGCAAAAAUCAAAGAAGAGGAACAAGACGUGGAGCUCAAGAAGGACAGUCAUGAUGCAACGGAGGCUCCGCAAGCUAUAGCGGAACCUUCAGGAGUUCCCACACCUUCUGGUCCACAGCAUCUUCAAGCUCAAGCCCAGCAGCAAGAACAAGAGCAACAAGAACAAAGAAAACGAGAAGAAGAGUUGGCAAAUAGGAGAAACCAGGCUCUGGCGAAAGAGUUGCUUUCUAGCUGUUCGUUGAAACACGUAUUACAGGCAGAGAUUGAACGACGCUCGAGACGUCUGACGCCUUGGGCCGGACUGUCUUGGGCAGUUGCAACUGAAACAAGUACCGUUGCUGCGGAGUUAUGGACUCAGCUUCUCUCUGAGACUGUGUGUAAGUAGACGGUGUGUCUAACUCAUUGUGAAGCACGAAAUGCGACUUCAAAAGUCGAUAAAAGCACGACUCUGUAGUAUGAGAAGAUCAACGUGACCUUCAAAUGUCACACUUUUUUCCUGAUCCUUCCCUUCUAAAAACAGCCACCAACAGCACAAGCAAGAAGCCCUUUAGCUCCUCUGCAUCCGCGUCAUCAACACCAGCACCGCAGGAGAACGACGACCCUGAAGAUGAUGAUGAAGAAGAACUUCAAUUGCGAGAUAUUGACCGCAUUUGGACAGGCUUGCGAGACUUAAAAAAGCUGCCACGCGUCAAACAAGAGGAAUCUGAGCAAGCUUUUUGGUAUUGGAAGGGAGUGGAGGAUAUCAAGCGGCUCUUUGUGGACCUGACCGAAGGCUUGAGCGGGUUUUCUACCUCUUCAGAAUUAUAUGCUCCUGUGGAGGAGGACGAGGAAAAGAAAGAACAAGAAGAACGCGGAGGUGAUGGUCUUGGUGCUAAGACGGGUGCAGACGAAGUGGACAAGCACAAGAUGAAGGGUGAGGUUGCUGAACAAGAUAAUGAUGGCGGAGCAGUAGAAACUUCCGAAGGUAGUGCUAAGGAUGAAAUACAAGCUUCAGAGACUACUCCUGUUCUUGAACAGGAGAAAGUAGAGGGAACCACGGCCGCUACAACUUCAGAAGACGACCAUACACGUACACCACCUGAUGUUGAGCCGUCUGCUGCAGAAGACGCAGAUGCACCACCGAAUAAAGCACCUAGUAGAGCAGAACAAGGGCCUUCUUCUUCGGAAGACAGAGACACGGCACCUCCUGGUGAAGAGUCUUCAUCUCCUUCUCCCGAAGAGUCUUCAUCUCCCGAAGAGUCUGCAAAAGAUUUGCCUCCAUCAAGAAAAUAUUCAGAAACAACGUUCUCUUUAACUUUCCGCUCAGCCGAAGGGCGAGAAGCACUUCAGCCUUUGCUGCAGCUGUUACAGGUUUCAGCUACCUCUUCCACCAGAAGGAACCAACAUCAAGGCAUGUUCUACAACAACGGUGCUUCUUCAGGAUGUGGUUCUGGAGGAUUGUAUAACUACAACAACUAUCUUCAAGGUGGAGGUGGAAUGGCUGGUGGAAUUCACCAUAUUAACCACAAUGGUCCGCAUGGCCAUCAGCAUGGUCCACCACAUCACGCGAACAACAACCCUUCUUCGUGGUCGUCUUCAUCUUGGGGUACUAACCCUAACCAUGGCCCUUCUUCUUCUUCGUCGAGAUCGACUUCUGGUUGGGGAGGACCAGGAGAUCACUCCUGGGAUGAAAGAGGACGUCACAACAGCUAUUGGGAUCCUUCUUCCUGGGAUUAUCCUCAGCAUUAUCGUGGAGGAGGAGAUCAGUGGGAUCCUCGAAAUAAUUGGUCCUCGUACGACUAUCCUCGUGGAGGUGUUCCUGGUGGCUACAACUACGGCUAUGGACCCUCGAAUGGUGGGGCCCCUCAUGGCGGAGGACAUCAUCAUGGAGGACAUCAAGGGAGGUGCUAUGGUAACUAUUACGAUCAUCCAGGUGCAGCUGGUCAAGAACAUGCACAACCACAACAUCAUUCGUCAUCCUCGUAUGGUGGGUACAGCUCCCAUCAUGCUGGUGUUAGUCAACAACAAGAACGACGAAAGGGCUCGCCUGAAGGAGAAGAUAAGGAAGAAAGAGAGGAAUCAAAUCUCGUGGACACUGGUCGUGAAGAAGUUGGAAAAUCGAACGCCGAUGACGACGAGGGCACAAAUAAAGCUGACCCUCCAGAGCAGGUGGACCAUACUAAUACUGCUGAAAAUGAAGAUGAAGAUUCAUCUGGUGACACCAUGAUGUCGACGAAAAAUGGAGCUCAAGAACAAGUAGGUACCUCAGAAGAAGCAGCCCCGACAUCUUCAGGCACCACAGCGAAUAACAACAAUAGCCAGCGUCAUGGCUCUUCCAUGAAUGGAGCAGGAGCUUCAAACACUAGGACCAACUUCAACAUGAUGAUGAACCAUGGUCGCCCAACAAACGGAAUGAACUACUACAACAAGGGCCCCUUUCCUCCUAACGGGCAUCAGUACAGCAACGGGCACACCUAUGCCGGGCAUCCACCUCCAUGGGCAGGAAAAGGCGGGUUUUGGGUCGCUCCUGGGUGGUCUGGAGGAGGUAAGGAUUAUCAUGUUGAUGAUCAUUGUUACCACAACCAUGGAUACAACGGCUACGGCGGACCACCACCUCCUUGGCACUAUAACUCUUGGGGAGGAGGACCAGGUCCCGGAGGUAAGGAUAAAGACUUCCAUUAUCAUCAAGUACAUGGUGGAGGUCAACAUCAACAUCAUGGUGCACCAUUCCACAACUAUCACAACACCUGGGGAGCAGGAGCAGGUGGAAAGGACUUCUACCCACAUCAUGCCAGUGGUCUAAAACUGAAUAUGAGUUCCGCUCCUUGUGGUAGGAGAAAGGGUCAACAAGGAUCCACAACAGGAUCUUCGGCAUCCUCUAGCAGUGGUAGUUCUAAGGGUUUAGCAGCUGCUCAACCUCCUAAUUCUGGUGUCCCUGCUGCAGUCGAGGAGAGCAUCAAGGAAACAAGUGUGGAUGACGAUUUGUCGUCAGCAUUGGGAAACAAGGCUAUCGUGGAAGGGAGUCGUGAAGGACAAGGAGCAGGUGAACUACAUCUUCAUGUAGAACACGUUGCAGAAGACCACGCGGCUUUGGCGGAUGAUGUCGCGGACAACGUUGUAGAAGUUGACGAUGACAAUGAAAAACCAUAGAACUUACUACAACAUGACUUUGAUGCUUCAUUUUACUCAAAAUUCAAUCAUAUCAUGAAGAUCAUACUUUUUACAUAGCAUACUUACUGUCCCUCCUCCAUGAUAGGCAGAACAAAUAGACGUGUGAAUGUUGUCUAUACCUACUUCAGCUAGAUGUUUGAUUUUUGAUUGGUCUGCCAAGCAACGUGAUGAACAUCAACGAUGAACAUGAAGAUUUAUAAUUGUGUCUCUCUUCCAAAGAUGAAAACGACAAUGCUCGUGGUCUUGAGAAAACAACACCUUCAGAGGAGGCUAACAUCUUUUCAUACCUCGACAUGCAUCUGUGGUACUAAGUUGUAGUUCGCUGGUGCACCAAGAAGAAGCGUGAGCCAAGUAGAACAUGUUUUCUGAGUGUCAGUUUUUCUUUUUGGAUAGCACG